AAUACGAUCUCCCAGUCUCUGGGCUUAUUAAAAAAAAUAAAAAUUCUCCCUAUAUUUACAAGGCGCAAAUAGCUCCCAUGUAACCGUCUAUCAAUAAGAUUAACGCGUAUCACUUCUAUGCCAAAGUGUAUUUGGGAGGAACAUUAUUAGUUUUCGUUUUUAUUAAGGUUUAGUGUGUAUAUUGUCAAGGACGACAACAGGUAGAGCCAUUGAUCUUCGUUUUAGUUGCAAGUUUGGUUCGAUGAUGUAUAAGUCCUUGCUAAAGGGCUUUUUUUAACGGUAAAUUUGGUUAUAACGAAGGAGGGGCAUAGAAUAAAUAAAACUGAAAAAUAAAUAAUUAGAUCGUAUGGGAUGAUUAGUUAUAUAAUAUCAACAAGAUGGGAAGUUUGCCGAAUCUUCAUGAGUUAGAACAUGUGGAGGGUGGAAAAGAAUGUCAGUCCCAUUUUAAGCCCGGUCCAGCUUUGGGUCACUUGUGUGGUACCUACGAUGCAGAUCUGACAAACGAAGAAAAAUCCCGGAUACUCCACCGGUACUCCGGGCAUGCCCGUAUAACGAAAGUGCGAAGUAAUCCACACGAUUCACACCGGGUAGUGCAGGACGAUGUCGUGAUGGAGCACAUGACGGCGUAUUCCCCAGUAUCCCGAAAAUCCCACUUAAAUCUACACUGCACCGGCAGCCACAUGAAGAGGAUCGAUUCACUGGCGAGUUCAAUUGGCGCGACAUCUGUCCGAAGACUUUUAACUGUGGUGCGUGGCGGGGGACCACACAAAAACAUCGAACGUUCCGGAGGGAUUUUACAUAACAGAAAGUUACUGAUAACCAACUUGUUCAUGAUGUGUCUGUGCCAUUUGUUAUCCACUGCCGCCCUGAUGUCUUUCUUAUCCCUUCAAAGUAGCGUUUCGGUAUGGGUCCGAUCAAACUCAAAUGACGGAUUCGAAGUGAAUGUGGGAUCGCUACUCAGUUCGGAAAUUUUCUUCGUCGCUGCCGUAGCAGCACUAGUUGCACCCUAUUGCGUUAGAUUACUGGGUGCUACGAUUGUGGCUGUCAUAUGUCACGUUGGUAUGGGCUUGUUCUACGCGAGCCAUCUAUAUCCAGUCCUGUACAUCACGAUAUCCGCCAGUUUCUUCAUGGGGGUUUUCCUUGGACUGCUAUCCAAUGCCCACAUAUCGUUUCUAAUCAUUUUAACCCAGAAGAUCACGGCCUUGUUUCACGAGGAAGACGAGGACUGCAUUUAUUCAAGGAGAACCUGUAUCAUCCGAAGGGCCGCCCGAGGAUUUCAGGGUGCACAUGACCUGGGUAUAAUGCUAGGGUCAGUGCUCUCCUUUCUGGUGAUACACUUGACCUUUAAUCCUGGCAGCGGCUUUUCCGCUAAAGAAAUGGAAAACGCCUCGAUCACGAUUCAGGAGUACUCCUCGAUUACGUCAUUAAAUUGCUACAUGAACAAUACGAUACUGGUAACGCUUUCCACCUCGGAACAAUACGAAUAUUCGCAAUUCCUGGACGAAUUGUUCGAUCAAACUGAGGAGGGACGAUUGUGUGGGUCGCAGGCCUGUCCGGUUUUCUCUACAAGUGCCAAUUUGUCUUUUAAGGCGGGAUUUCGUGUUUUACCGGACCAAUCAUCUAAAAUACUUAUCGGGAUUUAUAGCGGGGCCUGCGGUUUGGCCUUUUUAAUCGCCAUGCUGGGAAUGGAUAAUAUUGCAGCUUUUCUGUAUCCGAUUUCUUCAGAAAGAGAUUUCGGAUUGAACUCCUUAAGAGCUGUUAGGGAGAGCUUUAGAGAUAUGAGACUUUUAUUGACUGCCCCUUUGGCCGUCUUUGUUGGAUUGGAGCAAGCUUUUAUAUAUGGCGUUUUUACCAAAUCAUAUGUUGUAUGCACCUUGGGAAUUCACCGAGUAAACUUAGUCAUCUUGGCGAUGGGUCUUUUACAAUCAAUAGCCGCAGUGACCCUCAGUAUGUUACUAAGGACAAUCAGACGAUAUUAUGUUAUGGGCGUGGGUCUUAUUUUCCAAAUAUGCUUAAUCAUGGUACUAUUAUUAUGGAAACCGAUCGAGGACGACCCGGCGCUGUUCUACGUCAUAUCGGCCGCCUGGGGUGUAUGUCAUGCCAUUUGGGAAAUGAUCGCUUUCACUCUAUUGACCGGGCAUUAUCUGGACAAUUGGGAGGCAGCGUUCGCGAAUCGGGCUUUUUUUAAAUUCAUCGGAUUCUCCAUCGCCUUUCUACUGCAGAGUUUCCUGUGCAAUUACGUGAAGUUGUACUUGUUGGCCUUUGUUAUGGUCGCCGCCGUUAUACCCUUCGCUAUUUUAGAGUAUCGACUGGAAAACUUACGUAAAUUAAGGAAUAUCACUCGGUUAUGACCAAAACUAAAUCUAUUCUGAUUAACUAUAUAACAUGUUUUUUUACUUGGAUUUACUCAUCUUGUGAUUAGGCUAAUAAAACUUAUAUUUUUAUUAGUAGUUUAAUAUUUUAUUAUUGUAUUGUUAAAUACACUGUUUCGUGUUUAAAUAAAUAAAUUCA